AUGUCGCCCAAUAUGUCGUUUGCAACGUCGUCGUCAACAAACAAGGGAGAGCAAAGAACUUCCCCUUACAAACACGAGCGAUUGUCUAAGCGACACAGCUAUGGAGGUGAAAAAUUAUCCUUGUCGAAAUCGUUAGACUCGCAACUUCUCGAACCUUUUGACUCAAACACUUCAUUGAGCUCGUUUUUACCUGAAUUCAACAAGCGACCAUUAACAGAUACCCCGAUUGUUUCACAUACAGGAUCUCCGCAAACUCGAGAUCAAUCGAGUGAUGACGAAGAUGAUGACGAUCAUCGCAGUACGCGAGCUGCUCCAGGAAAUGGAAAUAGAGAUGAAAAAGAAGAACAAGAACAAGAACAAGAGGAAAAGCAAAAGCAAGAUGAUCAGCAACAAGGAAAUAAUGAUGAGAAAAGCACCAAAGAAAAGGGCAGCUCGAGCAGUGUCACCAAGAAAAUUUCACAUUUGAACCUAGCGGAGUUGGGAGACGAAUCAAAUUCUCCAGCGUCACUUUCAGAGACGGAGUCAUUGAACAAGGCAAGGAAUGCUGCAGCUCAUGCGGGUGCAUCUUUGGUUGGUACACAGGACUCAACGUUCACCACCAAUGUCAUGCGCCCCACUUUCUGGCCUUCCACUUCAGAACCUGGUGCUCGGCCAUCAAUCAUGAUUGCAGAAGAGAGGCAGCGGUCGGACCUGGUUAGUCCCAUGAGCUCAAUUUCCGAGUCACAAAAGAAGCGCUUUGAAUCGCAGCUGCAGAAGGAUAAGGAAAUCGAAGAAAGGCAGCUCAGGAUUGAAAUGGAACAGGAAAAACAGAGACAGAAACAGAAGCAGAAACAGAAAUCAAACGAAGGCAACUCCUCGGGUUUAUCUUCUCCUUCCGAGAGGUCAUUGACCAUGAAUGAAAACAUCAAAGAGCGUUUGUUGAAAGAUGUGCCACUAGAAAUGAAGGAACAAUUUGAAAAGACGCCAUCGAUUGAAAAAUUGAAAUCGCUUCUUUUGACCAAGCCGCCACCUUCAGCGAGAAAGACAUACACUUUGAAUAUCCCGGGCCAAACUUCUUCUAAAACGUCACCCGAUGGUAAGAUUGCCGCCGUGGAUGUCGGUUCAAAAGUAGUCAUUGUUAUGGUUGGUUUACCAGCAAGAGGCAAGUCCUACAUCACCAACAAAUUAACAAGGUACCUCAACUGGCUCCAGCACGAUUGCAGAGUGUUUAACGUGGGCAACACGAGAAGAAAGAGCAAAUUGAACGCAGGACCCGAAAAGAACCCAUUACCCGAUGCAAGCACACCCACUGAGGCCCAGUCUCCCGAUCUUGACCAGUCCACCAAGACCAAUGGCGCACAAGAGCAUGAUGCAUCUUUUUUCAAUCCAGAGAAUAAAGAUAGCACUGCGUUGAGAGAAAAGUGGGCAAUGGACACGUUGGACCAACUUCUAGACUACGUCAUUAAUGGCAGUGGAUCGGUUGGUAUCUUUGACGCGACUAAUUCGACCAAACUACGCAGAAAGAGGGUAUUGAAAAGAAUACAAGAAAGGAGCAACGGCGAGUUGAAAGUAUUGUUUCUUGAAAGUAUAUGCAGUGACCCAAGCAUCAUUGAGUCCAACAUUCGGUUAAAGUUGAGUGGUCCAGAUUACAAGAAUAUGGAUCCCGAAGUUGCAUUGAAGGACUUUGUCGGAAGAUUGCAAAACUAUGAAAAGGCAUACGAGACCAUCGACGCCGAAGAGGAGAAAAUCCCCGGUUUCCAAUACAUCAAGAUGAUUGACGUUGGCAAGAAAGUCGUUAGCUACAAUAUCCAGGGCUUUUUGUCGUCACAAACCGUUUAUUUCUUGUUAAACUUUAACUUGUGUGAACGGCAGAUCUGGAUUACACGUCACGGUGAGAGCAAAGAUAACCUUAGUGGAAGGAUAGGAGGCGAUUCGCGCUUGACCAAGCGUGGAUUGAAAUUUGCGGCAACCUUGGCGAAAUUUAUGAAUUUCCAACGCGAGAAUUUCAGGAAACAGCAGUUGGAGAGGUUUUCAUCUAGAUUGGAGCUCAAAUUCAACUCCAUUUUCAACGAAAAUGAUGCUGCCACGUUGGACAUGAUUCCAACCGAGCCAAACUUUUGCGUUUGGACAUCGAUGCUUAUCCGGGCAGUGGAAACUGGGCAGUAUUUCAACGAGCAAUUGUAUUCCGUUAAGCAGAUGCGGAUGUUGAACGAGCUAGGAGGAGGCAAGUACGACGGCAUGACAUACGACGAGAUCCAAAUGAAGCACCCCAAGGAGUUUGAAGCCAGACUAAACAAUAAAUUGACCUAUAGGUAUCCUGGCGUUGGUGGGGAAUCCUACUUGGACGUCUUGACGAGGUUGAGACCCUUGAUCACGGAGAUUGAAAGAACCACUGACCAUUUGUUGAUUAUCUCGCACCGUGUCGUUUUGAGAAUUCUUUUAGCUUACUUUUUAAAUCUCGAUACAUCGGCCAUUGGAGAAUUGGAUAUUCCAUUGCACACUUUGUACUGUCUUGAGUCCAAGCCGUAUGGAACUGACUACACCAUGUAUGAAUACGAUGAAGCCACCGAUUGGUUCAACAAGGUAGAACCAGAGCAUCAGAAAAACAUCAAGGAAGUUGGUGUUGUUUUCAAGGAAAGGAAAUACUCGAUUGUGCCUACUGCUCCUCCCAGCAGAAACAGAAUCUCAAGCUUUGCCAAUGCCAAUGUUGGCGACCAGUUGCACAAUCUAAGACGUGGUCACGGUCAUGCCGCAGCGCCCUCGUCUUCGUCACCGCCAGUAUCAUCCGUUGCUGACCCCGCCAAGACUCAAGACUUGGGCAGUUUAAGAAACAAUUUAGCAAGUACAUCGCCACUGACCAGACCAACGUUGCUGGUUCGAGAUGGCGAUAGUUCAGCAGCUGCUAGAAAUCUUCGAGACUUAAAAUUAUUGGAACUUUCAACAACAAAGAAAUCUAGUGGUAAAGUAGCCUAA